AUGGGCCUGGUGUGGUCAAUCUCAGUGAUUUCUCUGACUCUGAACUGGUCACGAUUCUUCUCGAAGCCGUCACUCCGAAGCAGGAACACCAUCUUCACCCUGGGGACCCGGGGUGCUGUCAUCUCCCCCACUGAACUCGAGGCCCCCAUCCUGGUGCCCCAUACUGCCCAGCGUGGAGAGCAGAGGUAUCCGUUCGAGGCUCUCUUCCGCAGUCAGCACUACGCCCUCCUCGACAAUUCCUGCCGUGAAUAUCUUUUCAUCUGUGAAUUCUUUGUCGUAUCUGGCCCAGCUGCUCAUGACCUGUUCCAUGCUGUCAUGGGCCGCACACUCGCCAUGACUCUGAAACACCUGGAGUCCUACCUGGCCGACUGCUACGACGCCAUUGCUGUUUUCCUCUGUAUCCACAUCGUUCUCCGAUUCCCCAACAUCGCAGCCAAGAGGGAUGUCCCUGCCCUGGACAGGUACUGGGAGCAGGUGCUUGCCUUGCUGUGGCCUCGCUUUGAGCUGAUCCUGGAGAUGAAUGUCCAGAGUGUCCGCAGCACCGACCCCCAGCGCCUUGGGGGCCUGGACACUCGGCCCCACUAUAUCACACGCCGCUAUGCUGAGUUCUCCUCUGCACUUGUGAGCAUCAACCAGACCAUCCCCAAUGAGCGCACCCUGCAGCUGCUGGGACAGUUACAGGUGGAGGUGGAGAAUUUUGUCCUCAGAGUGGCUGCCGAGUUCUCCUCCAGGAAGGAGCAGCUUGUGUUUCUGAUCAACAACUACGACAUGAUGCUGGGUGUGCUGAUGGAGCGGGCAGCUGAGGACAGCAAGGAGGUGGAGAGCUUCCAGCAGCUGCUCAAUGCUCGAACACAGGAAUUCAUUGAAGAGCUGCUGUCUCCCCCCUUCGGGGGUCUGGUGGCGUUUGUGAAGGAGACUGAAGGUUUGAUUGAGCGAGGAUAG